AAAGGAAGACAGGCGGACCCCGCAGUCAGCACAGUGUGAAGCACACCUGUCGGAGAACUGCGGAUGAACCGGGAGUUUGGAUACGGACCAAAAGCGUUUUCCUUUAGUGUCAACGGGAGCAGCUCUGAAGGUGACUUGCGAGGAUCCUGCAUGAAGAUGGAGUUUGAUAACAUAAAGUCGUCGGCUGCUCUCAUUUAUGACGAGUUCAUCCAAAAUGCAGACUCACGGACAGAAAAUUGGUUCCUUAUGUCGUCCCCUCUCCCACAAACUAUCAUCAUCGCAGCAUACAUUUACUUUGUCACUUCGUUGGGGCCUCGGAUAAUGGAGAACCGCAAAGGAUUUGACCUCAAAGGAGUUCUCAUAGUUUACAACUUCGCCGUGGUGGCACUGUCACUCUACAUGUGCUAUGAAUUUGUGAUGUCAGGAUGGGGAACGGGAUACUCAUUUCACUGUGACCUGGUCAACUACUCUGAUUCACCACAGGCUGUAAGGAUGGCAGCAACAUGCUGGCUUUACUACUUCUCAAAGUUCAUUGAGAUGUUGGACACGGUCUUCUUUGUGCUGAGGAAGAAGAAUAGCCAGGUGACAUUUCUUCAUGUCUACCAUCACUCAAUCAUGCCUUUCACAUGGUGGUUUGGAGUUCGGUUUGCAGCAGGUGGCAUGGGGACCUUCCACGCCCUGCUUAAUUGUGUCGUCCAUGUUAUCAUGUACACAUACUACGGCCUGACUGCCAUGGGUCCCAGAUACCAGAAGUUCCUGUGGUGGAAGAAAUACCUCACCACCAUUCAGCUGAUUCAGUUUGUCACGGUGACCAGCCACAUCUCCCAGUAUUUCUUCAUGAAGGACUGCCCAUACCAAUUCCCUGUCUUCAUUUACAUCAUUGGCCUGUAUGGCCUGAUUUUCCUGUUCCUCUUCCUCAACUUCUGGUACCACGCCUACACCAAGGGCAAGAGGCUGCCUAAAGUGCUGCAGGCUCAGACAUGGACACAUCAUACCAACGGAGUUAUGAAUGGAAACGCCAAUCAUGAAAAAGAUGCAUGACGCAAGACUCUACUCAUCAGGGGGUUUCGGGGUUGACCUCAUUUACGUAAGCAAACCACUGCGGUCAGAGAUUCAACCCCACUUUGUUUGGACUGUUUUUUGUUUUGUUUUUUGACUACUUUUCUACAGCUGCAACAGACAAUCUUUAAAUUAUGACCAAAGCUUUAUGUAUGAGGUUUAUUGACCCAAGCUGACGGGGUUGUUUUUUUUUGUUUUGUUUUGUUUUUUCGUAUUUUAUGUUUACACUGAAGGUAAAGCCCAAGUUCUGUUAUGGAAGUUUAUACAUAUCCCUCCUUACUCUGCUUUUUUCUCCUUUUUUUUUUUUUUUUGUCAGAAAUCAUCCCCAUUAUACACUGACUGUAGGGCUUCACCUAUGUUAAUACUGUAGGACCCUUUUGUUAUACAGUCAUACUGGGCCUUUUUUUUAGAAAAAAAUUCUGACUUGAUCUUACUUCUCAGAAUACUUUUACGAAAUCCAGCUUAGCUGUUUUAAGUUGCGCACUGAAAACUUAAGGUUUGUUUAUUUCACUUGACCUAUAAUGACAUUGACUGUUCUGAGUCGAUGUUUAGGCUACACAUUAAAUGGUUACAUGCAUGCAGUACAGGUUGUACAUGCAUGCCCACUCUAUGGCUUGAGUCACAACCACUACUGAUGGUACAAAAAGAGCCACCUUCAUACAGUGGUGUCUUCAUAAUUGCCCAAUGAAGUGUUGGUGUGACAGAGAUGCCAGAGAGGAACACUGAUGGAACACUGACAGCCCACUGUGGUUCUUGUAGGAUCCAGAACAGAGCUAGAGUUUUACUACUUCCUUAUAUUGCAAACUAACACUGUUUUUAUGGGACUGCACUGAUUUCACUAUUUAGCCCAAAAAAACCCA